AUGAAUACACAUUUCCGCAGAAUAAACAUCGAUCAGUAUGAUGAAGACGUCCUACUCCCCUCGGGGCUGUACGACCCCGAUCCUCGUUCACCCGCACAAGUACAGGCAGACGCGCAGCAGAAGAGUUCUUCAGUGCGAGGCAGCUUGAGCAGGGGUAAUGUGGCGGGUGCGUUGGUGACUGUGCUGGAUCGGCCGGCGUAUGGUGAGGGAGUAAACGAAGCAAAGGCACAAACGCUCAGCACCCUCCUCCUCAUACUCAAUAGCACCAAAACUUCCGACAUCCCCACACUCGUCCGCGCCCUCUCGGAGGAACAACAAGACACGCUCAUGAAGUACCUGUACAAGGGCAUGGCCAGCCUCGGGGAGGAGGUGAAUGGGAGCGUCUUGCUCGGGUGGCAUGAGAGGCUUACGGAGGUCGCUGGUGUUGGGUGUAUCGUUAGGGUUAUGACUGAUAGGAGGACGGUGUGAGGGGUAGAGGAGAUGGGAGUGGCAGGGUACAAGAUACGCAGGCGAGAGCAUCCAUCUUCCCAGACGAGAAUAUAACAUCAUGG